AUGCAGAGUGCUGGCGAUCUUUUCGAAUGCGAAAACAGGCGCGGCAUUGCGAAAUCCAUAGCCUCGAAAAUCAUCGACUGCGGUCUCUUCAUCCAGAACUACGCGCGGGCUGCGAAUUUUGCGCCUCGACUCUUCGAAAAUCUACCGAAGAAUACCAAGGAAACUAUCGACGAGUACGGCAAAUCUCUAAAGGCACUCAUUGAUAAAUUCAAGGGCCAUACCAUUGUUGAGACAAACGUCGUCGCGAGUAAAGUUCUACAGAGCCUCAGCAGCCUUGAAUCGGAGUUGGCUUUAGACGAGAUGCUAUACGGAUACGGAGCGGAAUAUGAGCCCGAAAAAGCGUGCCUCGAGGGUACGCGCGGGACCCUCAUACAGGAGAUAUGCGAAUGGGCGAUGUCGUAUCACGACCCGGACACCACUCGGACGUUCUGGUUGUCAGGAGUAGCUGGCGCCGGGAAGUCAGCGGUCGCCCACUCAAUCGCUAUGAUCUUUGAUGGCAUGGAUCCCACGCGCCUGGGAUGUUUCUACGGAUUUAGCACCUCAGAUCGCAGACGAAGCAUAGAGGCACUCUUCCCCACCAUCUCGCGUAACCUGGCAGAUAUGGAGCCUGAGUGGAAGAAGGCUCUUCAAGAGGUAGUCAAAGGGAACCGCAGCCUGCGCACCACGGACUCGCUCGAGCGUCAGUUCAAACACUUCCUCCUCGAAACAGCGGAUAUGGUCAAGGAGAGGGUUCUUGGUCCGAUUUUAGUCGUGAUUGACGCUCUCGACGAGAGCCCCAGCGAGGCCGCACGGUCGGAGCUGCUCAAGUUCCUGGCUCGUCUGGGAGAACUCCCUGCCAACUUUCGUUUCUUGAUCACCUCCAGGCCCGAGCCUGACAUUUGUGAGGCUCUCAGCGGAGUCUCCAGCAUUCAGCACAAAGACAUGUCCUCGCAGGAUGGAGAUGUUGUCCGUGCGGAUCUCACUCGAUUUGUCGAUCAUCAGCUCUCGAAACUCGAGCGAUCUCGGGCGGCACUACGAAAUGACGUCCGAUGGGAUCGAUCACGGAUGGUGGAGGAGCUUGUUCGAUACGCGGACGAAUCCUUCUUGUGGGCAUCCACGUCAUGCAGGUUCAUUCAUGGCGUAGGCGAAUCGAAGGAUUACGAUUGGUGCGACCGGUUUGAAGCCGUUGUUUCCCUCGACUCCUGUCGAGGCAGCGAUGCGCCGCGCUACCAGCACCUUGAUUCGCUCUACGAUGCCAUCCUAAGGCGUCUAUUUCCCUUGAAGGAAGGCAAGACCGCUUCUCAUCGGUUUACAUGCAUCUUGGGCCGGCUUCUCGCCUUUCGAGAACCACUGCCUCUUUCUGGGUUCGAGGAAUUGCACGGGGAUGGGGAGAGUCCAGGGUGGGCCUCAACGAUCCUCGGCAACAUGGGAUCGCUGUUGUACGGCGUUACUCGAAGAGACGUAUGUGUCCGGCCCCUCCACAGUUCCUUCCGAGAGUACCUCAUUGAUCCGCAGCGAAGCGGAUGCUACCAUGUGGAUCUUGACUCCUCCAGUGCCCUCAUUGCUCACUCAUCCAUGCGUACUCUGACGAAUGCUCUUUCAUUCAACAUGUGCAAGCUCAACACAUCCUAUCUUCCCAACAAGGAUCACCAUGAUCUGGCGGAAAGGAUACGGAAUGGCAUGUCCCCGGCAUUGAUAUAUUCGUCACGUCACUGGGCUUCGCAUCUCUCCGAUGCGGUGCUGUCCCCGUCGUUGUUGAUACUGGUCGAUCGCUUUGUGGUGGAGAAGGCCCUUUUCUGGCUUGAAUCACUGAGCCUUCUUGGCUCUGUCCCUCUGGCUGCACCCGCAUUAUCGACAUUGCUCUGCACGUGGUGCGCGAACAAUCACCGUGGGCAGUUAAUCGAGGACCUCCAACGAUUUGCUCGUUCAUUCGCUUAUCCCAUAUCAAUUUCAGCUCCCCACAUAUACAUUUCCGCUCUUCCGUUUUCACCGACCAAUUCUGCUCUUUCCAAACACUACAGAUCGCUCUUCUCCAAAACUCUGAGCGUAUUGCGAGGCAGAGACAAAGAAUGGCCUGCGGCGCAAGCAAUAAUGAGGGGACAUUCAGAGGGCGUCACUUCUAUUGCCUUUUCAAGUGACGGGAAGUAUCUCGUCUCGGGAUCCAUCGACACUACUGUUCGCCUGUGGGACGCGAACACGGCUCAGCCUAUCGGAGAUCCGUUCACGGGCCAUUCGAAACCCGUCUUAUUCGCCACCUUUUCAUCCGACGGCGAAUGGGUGCUGUCGUCUGUAGCCACUGGCUUUCAGAACGGAAUGGUGCAGCUGUGGGACGCAAACACCAAGCGGCCGUUGGGUGAACCUUUGAAAGGUAGCAUCAGGCAGCCCAUUACGUCCGUUGCAUAUUCUCCUGACGGAGGACGUCUCGUUACCGGGUCCGAUAUGGGGACGCUGCAGAUGUGGGAUGUUAUCACACAGAAUGCUCUUGGUGACCCGUUUCAAGGACAUAGUGGCCGAAUUGCUGCCAUAACGUUCUCUCCUGACGGAAAACGCUUUGCGUCGGCCUCGAGCGACAAGACUGUGCGACUAUGGGAUGCCGAGGUCGCGCAGGCGUUGGUUAGUAGGGAGGGCGAAGGCGACAGCACCCAUGUCACCUCGGUCGCUUUCUCUCCCGACGGAAAUCGCAUUGCCUCUGGCUCGAAGGCUGGUGUGGUGUGCUUAUGGAAUGCGAAGAACGGAGAGGCCGCCAUGGAACCAUUUCAAGGCUUCGGUGACGAUGUGACUUCUGUUGCUUUUUCUCGAGACGGGAAGCGAGUAGUCUCGGGACUUAUAGACGGCACCAUGCGUAUUCUGAACGUCGAAAACGGGACCUUGGUUAAACAACUUCCUUCCGUGUCCGCGUGCUCUUCACCCAGUCAGGGAGGGCGACAGGCCGCCAUUCUUGAGUGGAUCGCCGUGCGCGAUCGCAUCAACCCGUCCAUAGGACACACAAAUAGCAUCACAUCUGUCGCGUUCUCCCUUGAUGGACAACGUGUAUUCUCCGGCUCGAAGGACAAGACGAUACGGAUCUGGGACGUAGAGUCGGGGGAAGUUAUUGGUUUGCCUCUGAGAGGUCACGCUGCAGCCGUCACUUGCUUGGCCGUCUCUCCGGAAGGCAACCGCCUUAUAUCGGGCUCCAAAGACAAGAAGGUGAGGAUGUGGGACGCGGAGACUGGCGCCCCUAUCGGAUCAAAGCCCUAUGGCCACGACGCCCCGGUCACUUCUAUUGCCUUUUCUCCCGACGGGACGCGCUUUGUCACGGGGUCCGAGGAAUCGAGGAUUCUGCUGUGCGACGCUUCGACCUUGCAGAUCAUCGGCGCCCCAUUAUACGGCCACCGGGACUCCGUCAACUCCGUUGCGUUCUCUCCGGAUGGGACCAUGAUAGCUUCAGGGUCGUCUGAUCGAACGGUCCGGAUGUGGGACGCCCGAACUGGUCAGGUCAUGGGCAGCCCAUUUCCACAUCCUAGCCCCGUCACCUCAGUGCAUUUCUCUCCUGACGGGAAGCGGGUCGUCUCUGGUUCGAGGGACAAUCUACUGCGGGUUUGGGAUGCCACGACGGGGCAUCAUCCUUCAGAAGCCUUGGUACCUUCAUCGCCGAACUUCCUCGCUAUGUCCGAAAAAGCGGAACAUGCUUUGCGCGACGUCCACCUACUCGUCCCCGACGUUGCCCAGCUCUCGCAGUGCGAGCUCGAGGCAUCUCUGAAGCUGACCGAAGAUGGCUGGGUGGUAGGACCAGGCGACAAUCGGCUGUUGUGGAUUCCCGACGCGCAUCGAUCCCGAGUCAUAGUGCAUCCCCGAAGACUGCUCAUCCCCGUCGAGAACAUGACUACACUCAACUUGUCUGAUUGCGCUCAUGGAACUCGCUGGCAUGAAUGCUAUACGCCGUCUAUCUGGCACAUGUAG